UGCCCGCAGCGUCAGACUUUGGGCCGGCAGUGUGUGUGACUGCGCUAACAGGCCGGUGUGAGCGAGUUUUACGACAUUUGGCAGUGUUGUUGUGGAGCAGACAGCUAAUGCUAACUGCACCUGCUAGCACAAGAAUAUGAAAAGUUUCUCCUCGGCUAGCAAUAACCAUUCAAAUCAGCUUUAUCUCAAUGGCUGGCAUGUGGCUUUGUCGUGUUAGGUGGCGAGUGAGCUUGAAAACUAAUGUUUGAUGAUAAGAAAGCCAGCUAACACACCUGGUGCCUAUUAAUCCGUCAUAGUGUCACGGUAAACCCACAGGCAAGACGCUAACCAGCCUGUUAAGCAAGAGGGCUCUCUUUGCGCCCAGCAUUGUCUCAACAACCUAUUGCAAGGGGAGUAUUUCACUCCGGUGGACCUGUCCUCAAUUGCUCAUCAGCUUGAUGAAGAGGAAAGGAUGAGGAUGGCAGAAGGAGGUAUGGCCAGUGAGGAAUACAGGACCUUCUUACAGCAACCAUCUGGAAACAUGGAUGACAGUGGUUUCUUUUCGAUACAAGUUAUUAGCAAUGCUCUGGGAGUGUGGGGCUUGGAGCUAAUCCUCUUCAAUAGCCGGGAGUACCAGAGUCUAAUGAUAAAUCCAAUAAACGAGAAGGCCUUUAUUUGCAACUACAAGGAGCAUUGGUUCACAAUACGUAAACUCGGACAGCAGUGGUUUAACCUGAAUUCACUGUUGACCGGACCAGAGUUGAUAUCAGACACCUAUCUAGCACUCUUCCUUGCACAGUUACAACAGGAAGGUUAUUCUAUAUUUGUCAUCCGAGGAAACCUCCCAGAGUGUGAAGCAGAGCAGAUUCUCAGGAUCAUGAGGGUGCAGCAGGAGCAGCGGCCUAGGCUUAUUGGAGAGGAUGAAGCCCAGUCAAGUAGUGGCCAAGGCAGACCACCUGCUCUUGGUCAGCCAGAGAUGAUGGGCCUGGGUCUGGAGGAUGACGGUGUAGAUGAAGAUGAGGAGGAGCUGAGGAGGGCCCUUGCGCUCAGUAGACAGGACAUGGAUGUGGAAGAUGAAGAGGCUGACCUACGUAGGGCCAUACAGCUCAGCAUGCAGGGAUCAGUGAUGAGUAACAAGCCCUCAGAGUCCAAAGUGGGAAAUGUAAAGAGUAGCAGCCAGGCAGCAGGAAGUGCUGCUGGAGAGGCACAGACUGAGACUCUCACAGCCGAAGAACUGCGGAGGAGGAGACAAGCGUACUUUGAUCGGCAGUCACAGCAGCAGCAAGUCCAACCCAGCAUUCCUCAACAAGCAGACAGUAAAUCCACGGGUGGCUCAGGAUCAAAGAGCAGCGGUUCUGAAGAGGGCCCACAACACAAGCCCAGUCAGUGAAGCGGAGAAAGGUCUUUCCAAUGGGCUACGUCGUUUACCAGCUGCCUGGAUUGGCAACCCCACCAAGGGGUAGCUUUACUCCUUCCUCUAACCUUUUGCACAUGCGAACAUAAGGCCAGCCAGAAGGCUGACACAUUUCCCCUGGGUAGUUCGCUGACAGGCUAUAGAGAAGAGAAUAUCGACAAAGAAAAAGCAACAGUUAGUUUAAUCUAACUCUGAACUGGCACUGAGGCUGGGAAAAAAGUGAAUACAGAGCUCCUGAUGCAGUUAAUCCAAGUCUGUAAUGGCCUUUUUACCAUAGCGCCUUGUAUUUCUAAUUUAUAAUGCUUUUUUAUCCUUAUUUGUUUUUCUCUGGAAGAGAUGGAAAGGUAUCUCCGGCAUACAGUGGGUGUGUUUGGUUGUUUGGGAUGGAAGCCUGCAGCGAUGGGUGCUCUGUGGAAGCCAUAAGGGACCACUGGUUAGACCACAAAUAGAAGUUUGAUAGUGAGCGGCAGAGUCUCCUACCUUUGAUUGUAUUUGGGUUUGUAGGUCAUAAGAUGUGAUCCUGACCCACUUCUCACCUCUCCCCACACCACCAGAAUAUUCAUUGUAGUUUUGAAGUAAUUUGUUGUUGCAAUCUAUUUGAAUAUCUUUCAGCCAGCAUUAAAUGUGUGGGUCACUUUAUCCUGACAUUACCGAUAACCUUUUCUGUCUGUUACAGUGAACUUAAAAGGUAUCUAAACAACAGCACAUUUUCAAUUGUGUCUCCGUUACCACCUCUGAGUGUACAAAUAAACACUGAAUGUGAGAUUAAAGUAUAUACAGAUUAAAGUACUUAAUUUAUCGGCAUUUCCAUCUAUUGUGAUCAAACGGUGAAGAAAAUAACUGUGGCACUAUUUGUACGUGUUGAUGCUAAAAGGAUUUUGGCAGAUAAAAUACAUAAUUUUAUAUGUUGUCCAAAAUUCAUGACAUCCAAUGAUGAAUGAAGUUGGCAAUCCAUAAACUCUGUUAAACCACUGCUGACAGAUAAAAAUUUGUGACAAGUGUGUGAUAAGUGACAUACAAGUUAUCUAUGUAUUCCUGUAUAACUUAUCAGGAACUUAAAGCAGAUUUUUAUCCAUGUUACACAGCAUGUACACCAGGUUUUAAAGUGCAGUCUGUUUCUGGACACAUUGUGCUGAUUAGGAAAAAUGCAUGUGAAUGCAAGGUGUACAUGAGGGUAGAGGAAUUUGCGCUAAGGAUUCAUUACUGACUUAAAGAAGCCCAAAAAUAAUCUUUUGAGAGAAUGUUGGUGUGGAUUGCAGAAAUCUCUUAAGUCCCUGGCUAAUUGAUGUCAUCCAGAAAUAAAUUAAUUUCCUACCAUUUUUAUUUGACAAAAUACUUACAGCACUUUGAAAUGAGGAUGCCAUGCUGAAACUGUUGCGAAUCUUCAUCAAACAUGGAGGCAGAAUACCUUUUAAAUUCAGUCUAGCUGUACUUUAAAAGUAAUUGUGUCAUUUAAAAUCUACCAGUAAGAGGAUAAAGACAUCAAAAAUGUGUCAUCAUGCAUCUGCUUCUGACAGUUCAAUGUUUUGUUUUGUUUUUUCAUUUCAUUCUGACCAUGACUUGUUUUACAUUUUUGUUAAUUUGUCCUACCGACUUCAUUUUGGUUCUGUGAAGUACAGUUUGCAUUGGGACUACAUUAUUUGGAACAAAUAUGAAAAUACAGCGUCAAAACAAUC